AUGUCGGACCACGAAGAAGUCUUGGACACGGGCUACGAGACUCCCAUCCCGGAGUUGGAUGACCACCGUCAUCACCCCCAGAGUCCCUCGAUUUCGCGGGACGAGCGGCCCCGCCGGGGUACCUUCGAUUCCCAAUUUGGCGGCCGACGACGCACUGGUUCCGAUGCCUCAAGGAGCGGUUUGAACCACUCCAACAUUCGCAUCCGCGAUUUCGAAGAGGCAGUCAUCGAUGAUGAGGCCGGUGAAAUCUCGCCAAUGGGCCGACGCCAGAGGCGAGGCACAGUGGAUACGACGGCAUCCUCGCGGGAGCCAUCCCCGCCGAACUCCGUCAAGGCGUUCGCCCUGGCCCGUCGCCCGCCUGCGCUGUCUUUCUCAGAGCAACGACCAGACAAUGCGGAUCUGCAGAGGACCAUGUCAAUCACCAGUCGUCACAGCCACCGGAGCAAGUCUCGCACUGUGAAAGACAGCGACGUUGCCAGUGUCAACACGAACAGGUCUGCUGCCGAGGACGAUGUCUGUUUUCCCCAUGAGAACCGUGAUGGCCCAAACUUCUACGUCGACUUUGAGUUCCUCGAGGAUUUCAUCCGGACACAGAGAAGUGAGCGUCUUUCGUCCGAAGCGAGGGAGUUCGCGGACUUGCGUCCGCAGACAACAAAUGGCGGGCCAACUCAGAUGGCUACCGCGAAUGGGGACAUCAUCGAAAUGCCAUCAGGAUCUUCUAUUCAGGAGGAGAAAGUCAAGGUGGAACCCAAGCAGACCAUGACAGACAAGAUUCCUGCCCAGCGGUUCAGUUUCUUCUCCUCGGCCUGGGACCAGACCAUCCACGCAGCGGAUCUGGAAGACCUAGCCCUACCAGGAGAGGAGCUGCGGAACCUCUUCACCUUCCCGAAUGAUGGCGAAGACUAUGUCUGGUGGUUGAAUGUGAACUGUCCCACUGACGACGAGGUGCGCGCGAUCUGCAAGGCUUUCGGCAUCCAUCCCCUGACAGUCGAAGAUAUUACGACACAAGAAGCCCGUGAGAAGAUCGAACUGUUCAAGUCCUACUACUUCGCCAAUUUUCGAUCCUACAUGGCCGUGUUUGAUGAGGAUGGCGACCGAGAAUUUGAGCCGUUCAACAUGUUUGUGAUCGUGUUCCGUGAGGGUAUUCUCAGCUUCAGCCACACCUUCAACUCGCACGCGUCCGAAGUCCGUCAGAGAAUCUCAACGUUGAAGGACUACGUUGAUCUUAGUGCUGACUGGAUUUGUUAUGCAAUUAUCGACAACAUCGUGGACAAUUUCGGCCCGGCCAUUACUGAAGUGCAAAACGCGGCUGACGCACUCGACGAUGACGUCUAUCGAGCCCGACCCGACGAUGAGGAGAACCAUCCCUUCUUGCCAAGACUCGGCCACAUUCGCAAGAACAUCAUGGGUCUGAUGCGCCUCCUCGGAGGCAAAGCCGACGUUCUCAAGGGCUUCACCAAGCGCUGCAACGAGAACUACCAAGUCACUCCGCGUAUGGAGGUCGGCCUCUAUCUGGGUGAUAUUCAAGAUCACGUUGUUACCAUGAUGAAUACGUUGGGACACCUCGAGAGAAUGCUGUCGAGAGCCCAUAGCAACUAUCUAGCGCAGCUGAGCAUCGACAGCAUCACCCAGGGCACCCGAGCGAACAAAGUUCUUAGUAAGAUCACGUUCCUCGCUUCCAUCAUUGUGCCUCUGAACGUGGUCACGGGUCUUUUCGGCAUGAACGUCCCGGUUCCAUUUGGAGACCCUGGCAAUCUCACAGCCUUCUUCACCAUCCUGGGUCUUCUGAUCGCCUUCUCGAUCAUUUGCAUCCUAGUUGCUAGGAGGCUUCGUUACAUAUGA